UUAAGAAUGAAAGCUGAGCCUGCACAUUAUUAACCAGCCGGAAACCAGGGGCGAGCCCCCGCCGCCGCAAUGGAGCGGCCGCCGCCGUCGCCGUCGCCGGUGCCGGAGGGGAGGUGGGCCGACCUGCCCGGGGACAUCGCCAUCGCCGUAGCUUCCCGCCUCCAAGAGGCCGACGUGUGCGCGCUCGGCGGCUGCUCGCGAUCAUGGCGCAGCGCCUGCGACGCCGACUGCGUGUGGGAGGCCCUCUUCCGCCGCCGCUGGCCGUCCACCGCGGCGGCAGGGGGAGGGGAAGGGGAAGGGGCUUCUCGUGUGCAGGGUUGGAAAGCUCUUUACAUUAACCAUCACAGAACAACAGCUGUUGCUAUAUCUGGUGUGGCUGAAUUUGUGGAGAAUAAUUUACGUAAUGGGUCACUUGAAGCUGAAUAUUAUCUGAAAGCUAUUGCUAAUUUGGCCUCGAUGAGGGAUAUAGGUUUUAUUGAUGCCCAGUUCUUUUUGUUGUCAAGGAAUUACAAUGCAAUCAUGAAUCUAAUCGGAUUGCACUAUUCAAUUGCAUCACUGAAUAUACCGCCAAAUGAAGUGCAUAAAGCACUUCAAGCUCGCAAAGUGGAAGAAAGAAAAGUGUUUGUGAGCUUAUACAAGCUUGGUAGGUGGUUCUAUGGUUUCCGGUUGCCCGAUGAAUCUGAAUCUCAUGAAAUUUCAUUGAGUGAGCUCACUAUGUCUGAGGGGGCAGCAGUUCUAGCCAUUCUUAAGCGUGGUGCUGUUCACGAGGUAUUUCGUCUCCAGGUCAGUUUGGUGGACAAAAAUAAGUGAACUAAAAAGUAAGCAAGCCAUAUCAACUUGACCAACUCUCUGCCUUUUUGUAAAUAUGUUUUCCUUUUCUGUUUUGAUGCUGAUGCCAUUGUGGCACUCUUCAUGUAAAUGGGAUCAUAGAUAAGGAUGGAGGUAUGAAACCAUGUAGAGUUAUAAGUUUGUAACUGUUUUUGAUAAUUCUUAUAUAAAAAUAACUGUGCUGUGUAAAUUA